AUGCAUCCCACACGCGUGCUUCAGCUCCUCGCCGCCGCUUCUGUCGCGCAGGCAUCAUGGUUCAACUUCAGACCAGAGCCUCGCGAUGAAAUCGUCAAGAGACAAACGGGAACCAGCGGUGCUCCCGAGACCACAUCUUCGGUUGCUCAAACCACCACAUCCGCCGCUGCCGAGACCACGUCCACGACAGCUGCCGCUCAAACGACAAGCACCACCGCUCCUGCUCAAACUACUACUUCUUCUGCCGCCCCCGUCCCGACCACGAGUGCCAACACGCCCGCAGAGUCUACAACUCCCGCCAACACGGCUGCUCCCACAACACUGAGAACCAGCACCACGGCCUCUGCCGCCAACGACGAGACCACGACCAGCGGCGCCAGUGCCGCAUCAUCAACCCCCACUUCCACACCCGAGCCCGUCACCUCCACCAUCCGAACCGUCAUCACGACUACCAACUCGGCUGGCCAAGCCACGUCUUUCACCACGGAUACCACCGUCACGCACACGCCGGCACUGAACGAAGCAAACUCAGGCGGCUCUUCCUCCGGCAUGUCUACACAGACCCGUAAUACUGUCAUUGGUGUUGUGGUCGGCGUCGGUGGUGCCAUUGUGCUCGGUGCCCUCGGCUUCGUGGCGUGGAGAAUCUGGGGCAAGAAGAAGCAGGCCGAGGAGAACGACGGCCUGAUGGAGUACAACAACCAGUACGGCAACGAGCCGAAGACCGAGGUCGGCAGUGCUCAGGGAGCCGGCCGCACCCCGUUCCAGUCGACUCUCGAGAGCUAUCACGCGCCAAACCAAGUCAACGCCUCGUCCAACUUCUAA